GAAAAGUUGCGUACCUGGGCCACGUGUUGCGCCAUGACCGCUACCACCUCCUUCAACUAAUAAUAAUGGGUAAAAUCCAGGAAAAACGGCGUGUUGGUCGAAGGAAGAAGUCAUGGCUUCGCAACGUCAGGGAGUGGACAGGUAUUGCGAGUGCGGAGGGGUUGUCGCAUCUGGCGCAGGACAAGACGCGGUUCAGAGAACUGACGGCCAACCUCCAGUAAUCCCGGUCCACCCGGAAACAACAAAGGAACAACUCCGAGGCUUAACUACCAUAGCUGCUCUUACAAUGAAAAAUGUGCCUGGCAUUGUCAAUUAAAUUGACAAACCAUUUGUACAUCGACACAAUCGAAUAUAAAAGACUAGAAUUCAGCGAUCAAAUCAUACCAGCUACGACCAUGAAGUGGGUUGUAGCUAUCGGUUUCAUCGGCCUCGUCGCGGUGUACGCCAGAGAGCUAGAUGAUGAUUCGAAGGAUCUUGUAGCAGCUGCCAGUGGUAAGGGUCAUCAUCAUGAAGAAGGUGGUGGCAAGGAGCACCAUGCCCAUCACCACCAUGAACACGGGGAAAAGGGACACAAAGGGCACAAAGGAGGUCAUCACCAUCAUAAAGGAGAGCAUGGUGAUCAUGGCAAACAUCACCAUGCUGGACAUCACCAUGAGCAUGGAGGUGGACAUAAAAAACAUUGGGACGAACAUGAUCAUCACGGCCAUCAUCACAAGCAUGGGCAUCAUCACAAAGGCGCUAAACACGGUCACCAUGAACAUCAUGAUAAGGGAGAUAAAACGGAUGGAUACCACAAGAAAUACCAUAAAGAUUCAUUCCACAAGGACCAUCAUUUCUAUGACGAUCAUCACGACGAAGGCAAGCACCAUAAACAUGGGAAACAUCAUGGUCAUCAUGAAAAGCAUGACGGUGAACACAAAAAGGGUGGCCACCAUAAGCACGGUCAUCACGAAGAACACUAUGGGAAAAAAGGUCACCAUGAUAAGCAUCAUUAUGAUGAAGAUCAUCAUGGUCAUAAGGGUCAUCAUGGUCAUGAGGAGCAUCAUCACAAUCAUCAUGACCAUGGUAAAAAGGGUGGCCACGAAGACCAUAAGCACUGGGGCUUCCACCAUGGAAAACAUUAAUCUUCUUACUUUACUAAAGAUUCCACCUAUAAAUAAUUGUUCUUACGUAAUUUUAUGUUGCCAGUUAAAGAUAGUAGGUAGUCUAAUUAAGCCUCGUCCCUUUAGUUAAUAAUGUUUUUCCCUUUUAUUAAU